AUGGCAAUUGAACAAGUCACACAAAAUCGAGCGAAAGCUGCUAAAGAAGCAAAACGAACCACAGCCAUGGAUAUCGAAGUAGAAACAUCCAUGGCCACCUCGGUGUCAAAACUUAAGGAAGCGUUAAACGACAGCACCAGUCGUCAAAGGGGCACCGAUCGGCGAAACAAGACUGCAAAGCCUCAUAAAAACAAGGAAAGCCUUCACAAAAGCCUUUACAGAAGAAGCAACUUCUCAAGCUCACCGAAAUGCAAGUGGAAUAGUGGACGCAACCGGUCCCGCCAAGUCCGGAAAGCCACCCACAAAGCCAAGAUCAAAGAAGAACGCCAAGCAGAAAAGCGUGUAGAACACGAAAAAGAAGACCCAAUCCAAGUAGGUCGAUCAGACAAAAGGAAUGCGCUAGCUCUCUCUGCUAGCCGAACAACAAGAGAAAUUAAUAGCUAUGCACGGAACUUAGCUCUUCAUAAGUUUGUACCGUCGUCUAUUGCAACUCCCUUGCUCUGGAUCGUCUACUAG